ACGAGAGGUGGAAAUUCUCCGGCAGCAAUGAACAUUUCAGAAUGAAGAACCCGCUGGCAGGUUGCACAUAUGACAGAGCGUACCAAGAUCUGAAAGGGUUUUCCAAAAAUGGAGAUAACUUCUGCAAGCAACUCUUGUCUAUUCUUCAACAGAGAGCUAAUUUGGAGAUUACUUAUGCUGAAGGACUGGGGAAGCUAGCCAAGAAGCUCACCAAAGUGUUGGACAAGAUGAAGGUCAAUUAUAUUUGCGGUGCCUGGUAUUGUGUUUCGGAGGGGAUGAAAUCAACAUCUGAUUUGCACUGUAAACUUGGCAAAGCUAUUCAGACAGAAGCAAUAAACCCAAUGAAACGCAUCCUGGAUGAACAUGAGAAGAAGAAGAAAUCACUAGAUAACAUGGUGGAGAAGACAGAGGACAUGGUUGUCAGCAACUGGCGCCAACAAAUAAAGGCCAAGAAGAAAUUAAAAGAGCUUACCAGGGACCAUGAAGCACUCUUCCGGGAUACAGAAAACUCCCAGCCCUUGGCUUCACCAAAGACCAAACAAAAGUUGCUCAGAAACCUGGAAAAAUCUACGACAAAGCUGGUAAAGGAUGACGAAGAUUAUUACAAAAAGAAUUUAGCCGCCUGCGAAGCUAGGUUACAAUGGGGGACCACUUUAGAAAAUUGCCAUCAGAAUAUUCUCAAUCUUGAAAAGGAGCGGCUGCACCUUCUGUGCAAUAUGUUGAAUUGCUACAGCCAACAUCUUUCCAGUUUUGGAUACAGCCUCACUGCAUAUCACACACAGAUGCACAGCGCUGUCGGCAAAGUUGAUGCUGAAAAGGACGCCCAGAUGUUGCUGGGAGAAAAGGCAAUGUCUAUUGAAGAGAACAAAACAGAGUUCUUAUUAGCAGACUAUUAUGAGGAAGAUUCAACAAGCCUCAUUGAAAAAGAGAGGAGGCACGCUUCCAUCAAAACGAAAGUACUGCGCCUACAAAAGGACUUAGAAAAGGCCCUGCAGGACAAGAGAGGACUGGAAAGGAUGCUUCAAGCGUACCUGGAGAUGCCACAAUUCUCAGAUCCAAAGAAUCAGAAUGAGGUCAUGGAGCAGCUCAGCGAGGCAACUCUGAAAGUUAACCUUUUACAAGCAAACUACUUCAAGUUGGGCAACAUUCUAGCGGAGAUGGAACAGAAGCCGAAACCAACCGAACCCUGGAACAACUGCAUUUCAAAAUGGAAAGAAAAGGACUGUGUACAUAGCUCUGUGAUGAUCACUUGCCCUGUCAAAGUGAAACACUUUGAGCGAACUCUGGGCACACGGGUGGCCAGUGAAAGAGGAAGUAACCCAAGUUCUGUGUCAGCAACUGCUUGCCAUUCAAAUCCAACACCCUCUUUACGUCCAGAGAACAGUGGUUCAGCAUGCUCUACGUGUAAGGCUUUGUACGAUUACCAAACCGAAAGGGGAGAUGAGCUCUGCCUGAAAAAAGGUGACGUGAUUAUAAUUCAUCAAAAAGAAGAUGACGGCUGGUGGCAUGGAUCCCUGAAUGGGAAAAGUGGAAUUUUUCCAGCGACAUAUGUCGAAGAAAUCUCUCCUUGUCCUGAUGAAAGCCUUACUACUGCAGAGGUUUCGACAUGUUAUUAAAAAGAACAAACCAGACAACUGUA